AUGAUCCUCACAACUUGCGCCGCCUGCGCCGCCCCUCUGUCCCUCGACGCGCCGCGUUGUAUUAGAUGCCACACGAGAUACUGCAAUCAAACUUGCCAGCAUGACCACUGGCGCCGCGGCCACAAGCAGAUCUGCAAGAAAAUACACCGCGGCGGCAACGCAGAAAAAUACCACGCCGACAAAAAAUACAAGGAGGCCGUCGCGGCCGCGGUCGCGGCGACCGCGGACGACUACCUCCCGGCGACCCGGGGCUUCACCUGCUACAUCUGCGACACGGCGACGUCGGAGGGCCUCGUGCACGGGGGGUGUAAUUGCGUCGGCCCGGCGGGCUUCGCGCACAUGUCGUGCCUCGUCAGGACGGCGGAGAUUAAAGGGGACGACGUAGAACGGCUCUAUGGUUCUUUGGCGGACGUCCCGGAGAUGGACGACGCGUGGGAUCGGUGGUCUGAAUGUAGUCUGUGCGGAGCGUUUCUCAAAAGUCACGUACGUCUCGCGCUCGGAUGGGCGUGCUGGAAGACGUACUUGGGGCGGCCGGAAGGGGAUGAGUUUCGGAUGAAUGCGAUGAACAAACUUGGGGACGCCAUGCAUUACAUAGAUAUGUAUGAAGCCGCAAUUGCGGUUUAUGAGGCCGAAAUAGCUGUUCGCCAGCGCGUCGCAGGGCCGGACAAUGAUCAAUUUUGUAUGAUUGGGAUAGCUCGACGCUCUAUUGCGGUUAGCUGCGAACGACUUGGUCGGACUGAGGAAUCGCUCGAGAUGUACCAUUCCGUGCAUGCCGCACUUUUGGAUCGAAGCCGUGAUAAUCCAUCAUACUGUGAGGGCGAGCUUGCGGCGGCCCUCGACCUAGCCGAAGCACUAAUCAAGCAAUCUAAAUACCCCGAGGCGAAGAAGCUUCUGAUCCCACGGAUCCGCGAGGCGAUUCGCUUGGUUGGACCUGACGCCACACUCACGCUCGAGCUACGCUACCAGUACGCAAAAGUUCUCUUUUUUGACGACGACGGGACCACAGCCGACCAGUGCAAAGCCAUAACAACGCUAAGAAAUAUUUGCAAGAUUGCAGAGCGCUGGGAUUCCAGUGACCAAAUGGCACAAAGUAUCUUUGGGGUGAUGCAGCUCGAUCUCGGUUUCUGGGAGGAGGCGGUCGCCGCCGGGGAGGGGUCGCCCGAGCGCACGCGCGCACACAUUGCGUACACACGCGACCCCUUAGGUGGCUCAUAA